AUGGCGGCCACCAAGCACAACAUCAGGGCGCGGGCGGCACCGGCCGUCGUCGUUGGCCUGCUCCUCGCGACGUGCCUGCUGCUCGCGGCGACCAUCGGGAAUGCCAGCAGGCCGCUGAAGGUGUCGUCAGAGGGAGGUGGUCCGCAGCAUACGGUGGAGUCGCCGCCGGUGGGUUACAUCAUCCAGACGGUGGUGGUCGGGACCGCGGAGCAAGACGGCGGUGCUGCAGGCCACAGGUUGAUGAACGUCGACAUGCUCGGCGGGAUCAAGGACUCCGGCCCGAGCCCCGGCGUCGGCCACUAG